CCCUUCCGGCAACCGCGGCGGCCGGGGCCUGGCGGAAGAGUCAGGGUAAGAUGGCGGCCGCAGAGCCCAGCACCGGCUGGGUCCGCGCCGCCGCCGCCCUGCUCCUGGGGUGCUGCGGGACAGCGCUCAGCAGCAGUGUCCAGGAUCAAGCAGAACAGUUCUUUAGAAGUGGACAUACAAAUAACUGGGCAGUUUUGGUGUGUACAUCUCGAUUCUGGUUCAAUUAUCGUCAUGUGGCAAAUACUCUCUCAGUAUACAGAAGUGUCAAGAGACUGGGCAUUCCCGAUAGUCACAUUGUCCUGAUGCUGGCAGAUGACAUGGCGUGUAAUCCCAGAAAUCCCAAACCAGCUACUGUGUUUAGUCAUAAAAACAUGGAGCUAAAUGUCUAUGGAGAUGAUGUGGAAGUGGAUUACAGAAGCUAUGAGGUUACUGUCGAAAAUUUCUUGCGUGUGUUAACAGGAAGAAUCCCACCAAGCACACCACGAUCUAAACGUCUUCUUUCUGAUGACAGGAGCAAUAUUUUAAUAUAUAUGACAGGCCAUGGUGGAAAUGGUUUCCUAAAAUUUCAAGAUUCUGAAGAAAUCACAAAUGUAGAACUGGCUGAUGCCUUUGAACAAAUGUGGCAGAAAAGAAGGUACAAUGAAUUGUUGUUUAUUAUUGAUACUUGUCAAGGAGCAUCCAUGUAUGAACGAUUUUAUUCACCUAAUAUAAUGGCCUUGGCUAGCAGCCAAGUAGGAGAAGAUUCUUUAUCACAUCAACCUGAUCUUGGGAUUGGCGUUCAUCUUAUGGACAGAUACACAUUCUAUGUGCUAGAGUUCUUGGAAGAAAUUCAUCCAGCCAGUCAGACAAAUAUGAAUGACCUAUUUCAGGUCUGUCCAAAAAGUUUGUGCGUUUCCACACCUGGGCACCGAACUGAUCUCUUUCGGCGAGACCCUCAAAAUGUUCUGAUAACAGACUUCUUUGGCAGUGUGAGAAAGGUGGAAAUUACGAGAGAGACAAUUUCUUUGGACCGUAACAUAGCUGGAUAUGAAAGCAAGCUGCCAAAGGAUGAGCUGGCAAGAGAACCACGAAAAUAUGCUGAACAGCUUCCUGUAGCUCGAAUAAUACACCAGAUCAUCAGUUUAUUCAAGAAUUACUUCCAUGUGCCACUGGAAUACAGCCACUUCUGGAGUAAGACAGACCAGCCACUUACAGAAACUGAAGAAGUGUGUCUUGGCCAACUGCAAUGACAGGGGAGCUGAAAUGCUGUGCUGUGGAAGGCACUAAUGUCAAGAGCUCAGCAGAAACCUCACAAGGAACAGCAAAGCAGCGUUCUGGGCUGUACAGUGUUCUGCUCCUGCCCCCACAGCUACAUAAAUUUUCUCCCCUUACUAAUUCCUUCCUACCCAUGUUUCUUUUCAUCUUCCCUCUCUUUUGCUGUACUGCCUAUUCAUUUAUUUUCAUCUCCCGUUUUAAUCUUCUUAGUCCUUCAAGUAUGCUGCAUGUGUCCUCUAAAGGAGCAGUUCAUACACAGCAGAGCCUGUGAGUUCUUAAAAGCAACAGGACUUGUUCAUGCAGCUGAAUUUUGCUAGUGUCCACAUGCCCUUGAUUCACACUGGGAGUCCAGGGUGCCCAUGACUGAGUCUGCUAUAAACUCGUUAUAAUGUCAUUAAAGUCUCAAAUGCCUUGAGAAUAUUUCAGAAGCCAAGACUGAGCCUGGUGCCUGUGCAGAAACAGAAAUGCUUUCAUCACAUGCACAGCUAUAGGCCUCUUGCUCCGGAUGGGUGAUGCAGAACCAGAAAGAGCAGCUUGCCUGAAAUUGCAAAGCAAGUGUCAGGAAAGGAAUGGGACCCUGGCUCUUCCUGGCAGAACUGACCAGAUUGAAGCAGAGGAGGUAAAUUGUUCCUCAAAACUGGGAACUGCAAGUGGUCUUACACUGGAAGAGUAAUCCAGGAAAGGAGGUGGCAGUGUACACUCGUUGUGUGCAGGGUCUGACCCUUAGGAGUGAUGGUGGGGCAUGGUACAGUGCAGUUACAGCUUUGUUAACUUACAUGCCUUUGUAAACACUGGGUGUAAAGACAGAUAAUCCUUUGCACUGUUCUUGAAGGGUUCAAAUGCUUAAUUCACCUUCUCACUUCGCUGUACUCUAGGUGAACAAACCUGGGAAAGACUGUAAUACAUCAGAACUAGCAAUCUCCCCUUAUUAUCCUUCCUUCUCGUUCUGACAGAGGCGGUCUCUGGCAGAGACCCACAAGCACUGAUUUGAAGAUGAAGAGAAAAGGACCUUUAAUGGUAAGAAACUGACCAAAUUACUGUGAGUCAGCUAAGAACUCAGAUGCAUAGUUUGAUCCACUAUAACUGAACAGUGCUCUGCAAGCAAACUGUGAGGGGUAUGACAAAGGCAGCAAAUGCCAAGCAAAGAUACAGUCACCGUCAGCUAAAGAGGAUACAAAAGUUUCCUUUAACACUGGUUCUGCCUUUGUUGUGCAGCCCAGAAAACACAGUCUGUGCUCUUGAGUCCUCCCUGACCACAGAAGGAUCAAGCCCAGCUCUUAACUUUGGUGUGUAUGUAUAGUAUUUGUGAAGCUAGAAAAAUCUCACCAUAAGUUACUGCACAAUAAACCUACCUCUUCAUUUGUACCUAAGUGGGGAUCCUGUUCCACUUUUACAGCAGCAUAUUUAAUAAGUAAAAAAUAGGAGUUCAUUAAAAAUAAAUUUAUUUCUUGCUAGGAAGUCUUUGGUUUAAAUGCCCAUUUUCAGACGUUAUAUGUGAAAAUGCUCAAGUCCUGCAGUGGGUCACUUACUAAAAUUUGAUUUGAAGAUCUGCCUACAAGUCAUAAACAGUCUCGUAAAGAUGUAACUAUCAUAAUAACUUUCCUUUUCCCAGUUGGAAGUAUAAGAUGAACUGCUUUGAAGCACCUAAUCUAUGACUAAUGUUUAUUUGUUUUACAAGAAGCUUUACAGCUGCAAUGUUCCAAGAAUGCUUAAAUUCAAUAAACAGCUAUUAUAAUUCACUGAA